AUUUAUGUGAGACUUACAUGUGUAAGUGGAUCCAAUCUCUAUUUAUUUGUAUUAUUUGUUACCUUCUAUGUUUGCUCCAAACAUAAACUAUGAAGUUAGAAUAGAUUGUUUGCCACAUUCUACAACUGAUUAUCCAAAAGCAUUAGGGAAUUAUGGAAUGUACAUGACACAUUCAUUGCAAUCUCUAACUUGUUGAUAACACUUUGCAAUGCUCAGAAUAGCUAGAGACAGUCUUUAUUUAUUUCCUGGCAUGGUGUGCUUAAGCCUAAAUUGACAUUUGGUGGCAUUCUGUGUAGAUACUUCAAAUAAUUGUGAUUUAUAAAUCUUUAGCACAUUCAAACAUGUGUCCUAAAUUCCCUCUUUUUGAUAGAACUUUUCACAAAACUAUUGUCAGAUGUGACAGACCAAAUAAACCUACUGUGUAUCACAACGCCAGAUAAAGGAAGGGGCAUGACUUCAGAAUAUGACAUUCCUCAAGCUUCUUUGAUUCAUUCUGAAGAACCGUAUGCUGCGAUCAUAUUGAAGCAUAGUCGUGAAUCACAUUGCCAUUACUGCUUCAGUGUACUACCAGCUGAUGCAGUCCCCUGUAUGUCAUGUUCAAUACCAAUGUACUGCUCCCAGAAUUGCCAACUACAAGCCAGUGGUCAAACAUAUGGGAAGUGUCCAAGCAACAUUUACAUUAAUGGCAACCAUUCCAACAAUCUUGAAGAGUAUGUUAUGGAGAUUACCUCUGGUGGUGACGUUGUUGAUCAAAAACUUGAGUUUAUCCCAGAGCAUAAACAUGAAUGUCAAGGUGUGAAUUGGCCUGCCGUAUUGCCAACUGAUAUUGUUCUGGCUGGUCGAGUGGUAAUGAAAUCUAUGGCGCAAAAAGGACAUUUUAAGGAGAUUCCUAACAUUUUGGAGACUUUGGGUCUUUCUCAAUGCUAUUCAAAAAUGCCUUCAGAAAGCAAACUGGAGUUACAUUUAUACUCCAUUGUAUUGUUAUUCUGUCUCAAAUUCUCUUACUGCUCUGAACUUUUGACAAAUGAAUUCUCCAUAUCACAGAUUAUCAUCCUUCUAUCUCAAAUUAGAGUGAAUUCUAUGAGAAUUGUUCACAUGAAAUCCAGUGAUGUUUUUGGGUUGCAAGAUCAGUUUGGCAAGCUUUUACCUAGUGAACCUGCUUUAACUAGUAGUAUGGAACAGGUCAGGGUAGGUCAAGCUAUUUACAAAACUGGCUGCUUGUUCAACCACUCCUGCUUACCUAACAUCCAUGCCUAUUUUCUCUCACGUACUCUUUUAAUACGAACAACAGAGUUUGUGGCUGCAGGAUGUCCCUUGGAGUUCUCCUAUGGUCCACAGGCUGUUUCUGCACCAUACUGCUUGAGUGAUCUGCCAUAUGUUGGACAGUGGGACUGUAAAGACCGCCUUAAGUUUCUACAAGAUGAGUACUUUUUUCAAUGCAAGUGCGCUGGUUGUUCAGAAGUUAAUGCAUCUGACCUUGUUAUAAAUGGUUUUUGCUGCAUUGAUCCUAAUUGUUCUGGUGUGGUUCUCAAUAGUCAUGCAGUUUACUGUGAGAACCAGAAACUUAAGAUUUCUGAACCAAGCAGCAUCAACCCUCUUCUACAGGUACGCAUGCUCAAUGAUGUGAAUGUCAAGAAAGUGGCCCACCUUUCACUUGGCAAAAAAAACAACUGGUUCCAUAUCAAAUCUGGAUAUUGUUUGGAAUGUGAUUCAUAUCAUGAUCUAGAAUCUUCAAUUGAGGCAGCAAAUAAAGCUUGGAUUCAUAUCAGAAGGUUGCGAGAUUCAACUGUUUCAAGGGAAAUAGAUACUGCUACCAUUUCAGAUGCUUUGAGGUCCCUUGGUCUGCUCAGAUCAACACUGCAUGCAUAUAACAAGGGUGUUGCAGAAGCAGAGGACAAUCUCGCACAGGCAUUUUGUUUACUUGGUGAUUUAAAAUCUGCACAGAACCAUUGUAGAGCAUCAAUCAAGAUUUUGGAAAAGCUCUAUGGCCCCAGUCACAUUGUUAUUGGACAUGAACUUGUUAAGCUUUCUUCAAUCGAGCAAGCUUUGGAUAACUGCAGUGCAGUGGACAGCAUAAAACAACUUCGUUCUAUAUUUUCCCAGUAUUAUGGAUCACAUGCAGACGCAGUAUUCCCCUAUCUAAAGUUCCUUAAUAAGGAAAGUUGCUCUCAUACAUGAAGGACCUGAAAUGGAAACUAGUUUCCCACUGACAUGUAAUUUAAUCGAAUACUUUUUCUAUUUUAAAUGAGGCAAUACAAACUUCAUUUUGGCCAAGAAACAUAUUCUGUACCAUGAUUUUAACGG